ACAUAAAUGUGACUACGUCGUGGCAUCUUCUUCCUUGUUGAGUCUCUGUCAUUGGAGACAACAAACCUCCCACUCAUUUACGAAUCACGAGAGUUCGAAGUUUAACGAGGUGGACAAGGGAAACGUGCGUGGAUCGGAAGGCCAGUUCUGCUGGCCCAGAUUGUACAGAAAAGUUGUAUUCAACGCGUGAGUUGUUGAGAAAGGUGUCUUUAGGAUAUCAUCAUUAUUGUCUCUGCAGUGGGAUACAGCCAUAGACCUACAGCAGCACAUCAUAAACCAGUAAGCUCGCUAGCUUGUUAGCAAGCUAACUAAAGGGGUAGUGGGGAAGUCGUGGGGCAGGAAGGAGGUGUUUCCUUGACUCGCGGUCGGUAGGCAGUAUUUUUGUGAGUCUGCUAGCUCCUAGCUAACUAGCGUAGCCUUGUAACACACCCCCCGUCGCACAGUGUCGUUUACCUGCAGAUGGCUUGCGAGUAGUGGCGAUUCUCUGUCAGCUUAUUUGAGAAUUGUAUACGUCUUUGGGCAUGCCUUUUUUAAUGCUUUUGUCGCACCCUCAGCUGCAGGGUAGCUAACCAGCCAGAUAGGUCGUUGUUGAACGCCUGUCUGCUUGCUAGCCUUGUCUGUCUAGCUUGCUAGGUUACAAUCGACAGCGUGGUGGACAUUAUCUAGCUUAUCGUGUGGCAGAUAGCGUCCUAGCUAACUGUAUUUGUUUGAUCAAAUCUGCCAAUAUUGUGAGCAUCUGGAACAAUUUAUAGGUCGUUGGUAACGAGUUACAUAUUUUAGAGUCUCUGCCAUGACAUUCAAGUGAUUGAAGUCAACGGCACCACAAGAAGUCGGUCGCAGAGAGAAUGCAGGACAAAGACUGGAGAUGAGAAGGUAGCUGAGCAAGUUAGAACAUUUCUCUGCGUCUCGGUACUGUCAAUAACAGCCUCAAAAGAGCACGGUCGGAGAAGUGGACAGUUCAUAUCAGGAUCAAGAAUGAAGAAGUUUUCUCGAAUGCCAAAGUCGGAGAGCGGCGGACUGGGAGGUGGCUCUGGGUCCGGAGGGGGCACAGGAGUGACAAACUACAUCGGGAAGGUGUUUGCUGUCGGCCGAUACCAGGUCACCGUGGAUGAGCUGAUUGCAGAAGGUGGGUUCUCUGUGGUCUUUCUGGCGCGCACACACAGUGGCGUCCGCUGUGCCCUGAAGAGGAUGUACGUCAACAACGUGCCCGACCUCAACAUCUUCAAGCGCGAGAUCACAAUCAUGAAAGAGCUGUCUGGACACAAGAACAUUGUGAGCUAUCUGGAUUCGGCCAUCAACGGAGUGGGAGACAGUGUAUGGGAAGUCCUCAUCCUCAUGGAGUUCUGCAAAGCGGGUCAGGUGGUCAAGCAGAUGAACGAGCGACUGCACGUGGGCUUCACGGAGGCCGAGGUGCUGCACAUCUUCUGUGACACGUGCGAGGCCGUCGCCCGCCUGCAUCAGUGCAAGACGCCCGUCAUCCACCGCGACCUCAAGGUUGAGAACAUCCUGCUGAAUGAUCAUGGCAACUACGUGCUGUGUGACUUUGGCAGCUCCACACACAAAGUUUUGCUGCCGCAGAAGGACGGGGUGACUGCAGUGGAGGACGAGAUCAAGAGGUACACAACGCUGUCAUAUCGAGCCCCAGAGAUGGUUAACCUGUAUGCUGGGAAACCUAUCACCACUAAGGCUGAUAUAUGGGCGCUCGGAUGCUUGUUGUACAAGCUGUGUUUCUUCACGCUUCCAUUUGGGGAGAGUCAAGUUGCCAUAUGUGACGGAACCUUCUCUGUUCCCGAUAGUUCCAAAUACUCCUUAAAAUUGCACUGUUUGAUCCGAUAUAUGCUCGAGCCUGACCAGGAGAAGAGGCCAGACAUCUAUCAGGUCUCCUACUUUGCCUUCAAGCUGGCAGGGAAGGACUGUCCCGUGCCAAAUCUCUUUAGCUCGCCCCUCCCCACCUCUCUCCCAGAGCCCCUGACUGCCAGUGAGAUCGCAGCCAAGAAGAACAUGACGAAAGCCAGGAUCACGGACGCCGUGGGCCCCACGGAGACGUCCAUCGCCCCGAGGCAGCGGCCCAAGGCGGCCUCCAGCGGCGUGCUGCCCCUGCACAACUCCUCCGCCACCCCCGUCAAGAUGGGCGUCCCCGCCGCCCCCAUCAGCAACGGCCAGAAAGCCGCCGGUAACGGUCAGCCCUCGGUGGCGCUCCCGGGCAGCAGCAGCACGGCUCAGCCCAACCGCGUCCUUCAGCAGCUCCAGCCGGGAGACCUGCGCCUGCAGCAGCAGCUCCACACACACCCCCAAACACACCCGCACACACAGCAGACACACACACACACGCACCACCUGCCCCAGCACACACAGCAGCACACACACCUUGCCCAGCACACACACAUCCAGCAGCAGCAGCAGCAGCAUGGUAUCCACCCGCAGCAGCAACAGCAGCAGCAACAGCAGCAGUCACCCACACCUCAACAGCUCCAAUACCUCCAGUACCAGCAGGCCUUGCAGCAGCACAUGCUCCAGCAGCAGAUGAUGAUGCAGCCAGCAGCAGUGUAUCAGCAGCAGGCUCAGGCUCACUACGCAGCCCUGAUGCAGCAGUAUCAACAGGCCUUUGCCCAGCAUCAACAACAACAACAACAACAACAACAGCAACAGCAUCAACAACAACAGCAGCAUCAGCAUCAGCAGCAUCAUCAACAGCUGCCCUAUCUCGCCACCUCUCCGCUGGAGUUCCAGACGCCCCUGGGCUCCUAUCACCCUGCCACGCCCUCUGCCUCCACCCACACCGCUCUCUCACCUGUGGAGCCUCCAUACACUAACCCCAGUAGAAACCCAGUGGCCCAGAGUCCUGAUGUGCUGGUGUCCCCAACCACCCCGACUGUGAGCCACCCCCCCGACAUGUCCGGCUGGAACCCUUUCGGAGACGACAACUUUUCCAAGCUCACAGAGGAGGAGCUGCUGGACCGCGAGUUCGACCUCCUGAGAGCAAAGAAGCCAGUGGAGAGAACCACUAGUGCGGAGACUGGCGCUGAACGCCAGCCUCAGCAGCCCCAGUCGCAGCCCCCCACCCCAUCCCAGCCCCUCCCAGAGGACCCCUUCGGAUCUGUGCCCUUCCUGGCUAGCACAGGCAAGUUUUAGAGGCCCAACAAAACCCCCCAGCCCCCAAAUCCACCCCUCCCUGAAGAACCACAGCAGCCACCCAAGAGCACUUCUUCCUGCCACUCAAUACACCUGUGUGUGUGUGUGUGUAUGUAUGUAUGUGUGUGUGUGUGGGGGUGUAUCUUCCACUACCCUGCUCCAGUACCCCCAUGCUCCUAAUUUCUGCCCCCUCUUACCCCACUCUACUGCGAGGUACCCCCACCCCCGCCACACAAACACACACACACACACACGCACACACAGACACACACACUUCCCAGAAUCACUGUGUCCCAUGGAGUGAUGGGUUUGGGUUUGGUGAGGUCGGGUGGGAGGUUGGAACUGAACAAAUGUGUAGAGAAAAGAAAAGAAGGAAACAAGAAGGAGAAUUCAGAUUUACAAAGAGUCAGUGAUUUCAUCUCCGACGUCAAGAGUCUCAACUUGCAAAAUAACACACACGCUUACAAUUUUGAUGAGUGCCAGCACAUUCCGUGUGUGUGCGUGCGAGUGUCUGUGUGCAUGUGUGUGUGUGUGUGUGUGCGCGUGUGCGUGUGCGUGUGUGCGAAGUAUGAAUUUCGCACUGAAGGAUACACAUGUGAUAGGAACUUGUGUUCGUUCCCAUAUCGCCCCCAGUUGCUGACCACUCUGAUAGAGAAUGUAAUUAGACAUUGUUUGUUACGUGUCUUUGUCCUGUUGGCUUCCACAUGCAGACCAAGCCUUAGCGCCGGGCCCAUAGGGAUGUACGUCAUGUAGGAUAGGGCCUGUCUAUUGCAGUCAGUCUAGCUCACAAAAUGGCCCAUGUGCUUUAGAAAGUCACUCGCAUCUUUGCACGAGUCCACGCCAAACUGUGAGGUAGUGUUUUUGAUGCGUUUGGAAAAGGUUUUUAUAUAUAUAUAAAUAUAUACAUAUAUACAUGUUGUGGUUUUCAGUGCCAAGGGACUUAAGGUUAUGUGUAUGUUGCCAUUGUGUGUGUUUGCUUUUAUUUGUUUGUUUGUUUCGUUGUUUAUUGUUUUGUUUUCAUCCAUUUCCUACACCAUGGCUGUCGCUUUGCUUCUGUGGUCUGAUAGCUGGGAGUCCUGGCUUCUCCUCUCUCAGCCCGCCAUCUUCUUUUCCUCCUCGUCAUCCUCUUCCUCUUCCUGUCUUGUGCUUCCUCAGUGCCCAAGCUGAGGCAGGCACAGUGGAGUCUGGUUGACCACAGCUGAAGCUGGUUGACCAUUGCACUUUAUGCUGGUGUGUGUGUGUGUGUGUUGGUGUGUGUCUCACAUGAUGCUCUUUGAAGAAAAGACGAAAUGAAUAUAGAUAGAUGCAUAUAAAUUUAGAUAGAUUUAAUGUGGAAAUACAUUGAGUUGUGUUGCGGAUAAUGUGGAUUAACUGAGAAAUUCAGUUUGAUGUGGUGACAUGCAACAGAAUGCAUCCUAUUCUGAACCACUGGUUAAGACCAGUGGUGUUGGGGCUUGAAAUGACCCCCAGAGGAGCAAAUGUGAUGGGUCAACCUUGACCCUUGACCCUUGACCCUGAACCCUUUCCAUGGUUGUGGAUGCUCCGCACUGUUGGAGAUGUCUAGUUAUCUGCCAUGUGGGACGGAACACAGCCAUAUCUGGGCCAGAGGGGGACCACCAUUGAUCCAGUCCAGCCCCCACUGCUGUACUGGCAGAGUGGCUCCCUGUCAAUCUUGGGACACGCACACUUCAGUGGUGACCCUGUCUCAAGGGCAGUCCAGUGUGUGUGUGUGUGUGUGUGUGAGAGAGAGAGAGGCUGAGUGACAGAAUCCAGCGGACAUGUCCGUGUGUUACACUGCCUAUAGCUGUGUGAAUGGUCAAUGUGACUGCUGCAGGGAAAGCUGAUCAGAUGUCAUUACAAGAGAAGGGGAGCACUUAGAAAUGAGAGACAAGCGGAAGCAGCCAAAUCUAUACAUCGCGUGUGAAUAAGCAGAGAAAAUGAUAUCACGGCAUGUUUACCGUCUGCGUGCAGAUGUAUCUCUUCCUGGUUUGUCGUUGUAAAAGGACACACCAGUAGGUCUUUCAGGAGAUUUCUAAAGAAAGAUGUACGACUCAAACAUCUCUUCAGGUGAUUCCACAGGCUUGGGUGAGACACACCACUUUAUGUCGAAAACAGAUGACAUGCUGGCUGCCUUCUUUGAUGCCUUGACGUGUGUGUUUAGCUGCCUUGUUUACGUGUGUUUUGUUUAUUUUGUGAAUUCCAUAACGUUUAAAGCUGUGAAGAGCAUAUUAGCUGCCAGCUAUCGGGUUGCUCCAUUUAGCUAGAGGUCAGGGGAUGAUGGAGAAUUGUUAGAUGCAGGCAUUUUUAUUAUUCCUUGAAAUAUCUGGAUUUUACGUGUGAGCUACACACUAACUGGAGGUCGCUCUGUGGAGUGCGGGCAUAGGCUAUACAAAGGGUUCCAUAGAGAGAGACGCUCUGGGUAUUGAAAGAACUGAAAAGGACUUGAGAUCUCACAACUGCAACCGCAGGUUGUACCAUAGGGACCUUUCUGUCUGACUCUUCUCUCUCUUACUUUUCUACAUCUUAUAUUAGCCUGGGGAGUGUUCCAGCACCAUGGACAUUUUUCAUUUAGUCUUUGUCCUUGAUCUAUUAAACCUUUUGAACGUACAAAACCAAUGGUUUUAUCAUAUGAACAGUUCAACAGUUGCAAAUCACCUCUGCAUAAUGUAUGUAUGCUUUUUUUUCUUCUUCCACAUGCUAAUAGCUCUUGAGAUUGUGGCUGAUUUUGGCUGACUUUUUUUAAUCCCGAGUGUGCCAUAGAUACCUUUUUAGUUCCUCUAGGUGCUUUUCCCUCUGGUUCCUUGUUCUUUUUUGAGGGAAGCCUACCCAUAAUGCUGGAUCUCCCCACUGGUGAAUAAGGUGAUGACAUAACCACUCAUAUACCUCAUCCAUCACUAACCGCAAGCUAAACUGAGCGCAGGGCAGCGCCUUGUUCUGCUGAACUCUGUUGAGGACAGAGGCGGGCGUCUCGCUCUUUCACACUCACCUUCACUCGAUCACUCUCCGUCUCUCACUCUCACUGUCACUCUUCAUACAAGCUUUCUGUUUGCCAAAGGUAAGUUGGCCAUGAAGCCAGACAGAAUCCUCCAGCUGGAUUCUAUGUGUUUGUAAUGCACAUAUUUUAUUUGUUCUUUUGUCUGUUUGUUUGUUUGUUUUCCUUCGUUCUUUCAUCUCCUGACUUCAUGAGUUCUGAUUUGUUUCGCAGCAUUUCAGAACCUUUGAGUUGUUUUUUUUUUAAUGUUUUGUUUUUAUUUGUUUUUCAUUAUGAUUAUUAUCAAUACUCUUGCCAUGUUGUUUUAAGUAAGACAGCCAUUCUCAGAAACAUCUUGUUUGAGUGGGAUAUUGGUGGAAAGAUGGUUUGUACAAGUUGCAUUAAAACAAUAAUGACAAAAAAGGAAAUUAAAUACUAAUCCUGCACUACUAGCGUGUAACAGAAGUGCUUUAACUCAGACCUACAGAAGCCAGUUGGGUCGGUUCAGAGUCAGCCUAGCAGAGCUAACCGGGUCUCUCCAGGCCUGCUUGGGUCAUGAGGCUCCGCUCACACUUGCUGGGGUCUUGGGAGCUAACUUAACGCUAAAGGCUAAAGCUAAGUGCUAACAGGUCCGGGUGGUGCUUCCCUACUAAACCAGUUGGGUCUCCAGGCCUUCUCUGCCACACACAUAUACACACACACACACACACACACACACACACACACACACACACACUGUGCACACACACUUACACACAUACUUAAUCUCACUUGCAAACGCAUGCACUCUCUCUCUGUCACAAACACACACACACACACACACACACACACACACACACACACACACAGGAAAAACGUCUACUACUGUUUUACUCUUAUAAAGGGAUCUGUUGCCCCAGACAACUUUGUACUGACACAAGAUCCGUGGUUGUCCUGUACAUGUGCCCUUCUCAAACAGAUGUUUGUGCCUGUAAGUUAUGACCUAACUGGAAGAGCUUAAUACCUUUAGCACAGCACCAUCAGACCAAGACCUCAUACAUGCAGAAGUUGAGAAACGCAUAUAAAGCACAUAAAUAUAUAUCCACAUAAACAUACAUACACAUAUAUAAAGCAUUUAGGUGCAUAAGAGUUGUACAUGAUGCUCUGUACACUGAUGACAGAAAUUUCUGUAAAUGACCUUGUAACAUACUGUAAUUGUGUCUCUUUUUUCAAAAUGCUAAUGGAAAAUAAAAAUAAAAAUAUGUUGAAAAAGCCUUA